GAUGUCAAUUGUUACCAAGAUUGUUACAAUUCAGUUUUGUUGUUACAUUGACUUUUAGGUUAUGUAAACAUGGUACUUGUUUUGUGAUUUUAAAUGUAGGUAUGGUUUAGUUAGUUCGUAUAAGAAACAAAUAAUUCGUACAAAGCCUUAAACUCUCAUAAUGGAUAAUAGUAAUAAAAUCGUCCCACCUCACCUCAACGCGGAGAUAUACAGGACCGACACUACCGGUACCUCUACCCAAUCCUACUUAGAAUACAUCAAAAUUCACUCGGAUGGGAGUGUGUUAGUGGGAUCAUCAGAGCUGACUGGCAGAUAUUGGAAUGGUGGAGCAAGUGUCUACAAAAGCAUUGGAGAAGCUCAAAAAGUACCAUUAGAUGAGAAAGCAGGUAUCCCCUUGGCAAGUGGAACUGUCGAUGGAUGCUUCAUUGGAAGUUCUACGAAGGUAUUAUUAUGUGAAGAUAGUGGAGCAGUGAGUGUGUGGGCCAACAACAGUGAGCAGCAGAGCGCCUGGAAUCUGUGGAAAGAGGAGGUCUCAGUGUCGGAGCAUGAUAAUGCAGCACUGGCUGUUGACUGCCUGGACCCCGGGCAGCUGUAUGUGACCGCUGGUGCUGAUGGCAAUGUUAAGGUAUGGGAUAUAAAUGACUUGAUUUGCCUGAGGAACUACAGGGCAGCCCACAGUUUAAUAAUAUAUGCUGUGGCAGUGAGACCAAAGUCUAAGACAAGUUUUGCAACAGGCUCCAUGGAUCAAUAUGUCACAUUGUGGGAUGAAAACACAGAUACCUCUGUACUUGAUUUACUACAAAAUGAUUGUUGUAUUCGUUGUCUGGCUUGGCUCGACGAAAAUCGUCUAUUAAUAGGCGAUGAAGCGGGUAUCUUACACUUGUCAGACAUAAGAAAUCCCAAUGAAGUGCUCAAAGUAACGCAAUUCCCCGCCGCCGUGCACAAAUUGGUUGUCCAUCCCGAAUGCGAUAAAGUGGCAGUUUGCUGUGAUAACAAAAUAGUGUCGGUUUGUGACGUCACAGAGGACACAGAACCGAAGGUUAUAUAUCAUGACAGGCACAUGCACAAUAACUACGUGCGAGGCGCGGCCUGGGACAGAGAGGACAAGAAAACGCUACACACUGUUGGCUGGAACGGGGAAAUUAAAGCUCACUCUCUUACAUGGGAUUAAUAUUCUAAUGUUAUUAAAACCUCUUUAUUGUUUAACUUGUUUCUAAUUACACGAUUGUCUAAGACAAGAAGCCUA